AAUAAGUAUUAUUCUGGUGAAUGCAUAAAAUAGUUUGCAGUGAUUGAGUACUGAAUUUUCAAGAACCAUGACAUCUGGCCAGUAAGUAAUGUUUUGUUUUGAAUUUUACACAGGACAAGUGAUAUGGCAAAAAAACAUUUUGACGCGCCAUCUACAGGCGAUAUCGUGCUAGUGCAGGAACAUAUUUGCUCACGUUCUAGUCUAUUAAUACUCAGAGCUCCAACAUGUGUCAGGUCAACAAUAUCUUGUGACAGGCAGCUCCGUUCUCGAAGGGAUAUGCGGUCGUUUUAUUAACAGAAAUAGCUAAUAUUUCGAGCAUUGCCUGUUAUAAAUACCAAACAAAUGUUUUAAGCAAAUUUAUCUUGAUUAUUGAAGUAUUGCCAGAAAAGGAGAAACUUGAAGAGCGUUCAAGGCGUACAACUCUAGUACACUUCUAAAUACAAAAGCUUUUGUUGGGAUGUCCCGGGACACCUUUGCCUUCACUUCUGCCUCUCUGCGCUCCUUAAGGCUGGAGCAGGAGCUGCAGGACUGGGAGGACGCCAGGCGGGCACUGGCACACAGGAGGGCUAUGACAAGACGUCCGUUACCUGCCGCCCCCAGACUCCGACAUGGAAACGAGAGGAUCCAGACAGUACGUGCUCCACCACCCCAAAUACAGUGCAGAGACCCAGCCAUCCAUAACAUCUUUAUGUGUGGAGAUAUGAAGAGAGUGUAUGCCGUCCUCAAAGACCCAGGCAUGGUGAAUGCACUGAUGGAGACCGUACAUGAGGAGACGGUGUGGGCCCCGGAAAUGGGAAUGUGGACUCUAACCUCAAAGGUAAAGCAGACGUCGGCACUGCGUCUGGCUGCCAGCAGGGGGCACUCCGGCUGCGUCGAGGAGCUGCUGUUUAGGGGAGCAGAGGUGGAUGCAGACCCAGGCGGCCGUGCAGCUUUACACGAUGCCUGUUCUGGAGGCCAUCACAUCUGUGUGCGCCUGCUCCUAGACCACGGGGCUGAUCCAGACCUGCUUGCUGUAGACGGCAAUGCCCCGUUGCACCUCUGUAAUGCAGCAGAAACAUAUCAGUGUGCUGAGCACUUGGUGACGGGUGGUGCACUGGUGAACGUGGCCCAGCGAGACUCAGGUCUCACCCCCCUUCACGUGGCCUGCAGGAGGGGACUGGAGGACCACGUGGAGCUCUUUCUGUCCUAUGGAGGGGACGUGACAGCUCGAAGCCAAGAGGGCGAGACACCCUUGAACGCAGCCUGCGCUGGGGCGGAGAGGCAUGCAGAUGCAGGGCGGUAUCUGCGUAUUGUCCAGAAGAUGCUAGCAGCCGGGGCUGAUGCACAGACUGCUGGGAGGAAGAUGCAUACGGCCCUGCAUAACGCCUGUGGAAACUGUUGCCCCCGCAUAGUUAAGCUGCUGCUGGAACAUGGGGCUCGUGCAGACGUUGCUAACUGUGCUGGAUACACACCCAUGGACUGCCUGUUACAGGUAAUAGAAGACUACCCAGCCCAGCAGCCAGAGGUUGUGGCGAAAUCUCUUCUUAACUAUGGAGCACAGCCACCCUCCCCUAGAAUGCUGAAACUCUGCCUGCCCUCUCCUGCCACUUUGGAGGUUAUGCUGAAUUGCUACCCGGCCAUCCCAGUGUGUGAGGAGUGGUUAGAGGACAUACCAGAGGAACUACUAAAGGAGCAUCAGUCUUUCUUCGAUGCGGUCAGACGGAUGAGCGGUCAGCUGCGCUCUCUUCAGCACCUCUGCCGUUGUGCGCUCCGCCGCCACCUAGGGUCACUGUGUCACUUCACAAUAGUCCAGCUCAACAUUCCCAGCUCUUUAAAAGAUGAUCUCCUGCUGCAUAAUGACGGACUGCUCCGUUGAGCUGCAUUUUUAGCCAAACAAAAAUAGCUGACUGGAAACAAUGGGUUGAACUUGUUUUGCACAAUAUUUAGCAUCUGUGAUAAAUAUAUGUUGUUAUAAAUUGAUGUCUGAUGGUUUCAGAUCUUUCUGGAUGUCUCUUGACAAUAGUAGUAAUGUGGAUUAUGGCCCCGGGCCAAAUGUGCUUUGGGGACUUUGACUGUCAGAGGCUUUGAACUGAGAGGACCACAGUGGCUCAACAGACAGACAUAAAGCGCUGCAAAUGUAAUGUUGAUACUGAUAGGUGGGUAGUGCUUUAAUAUGUGCCAGAAAAUGUAAAAAUAAAUUUUUAAUAUUCUCAAAAUGUGAAAUAAACAAAGAAAUGAAAAUGCA